GUUCCUCCAACAGCGCGAGAAAUGAAACGGUAAAUCCAGUAGCGCUCAGGCUGGAGGAAGGUACGAGGGGAUGAGCUCUGACCCGAGAGAAGUGAGAAAAAGUUCGACAGAUGGACACGUGUGAGUCUUGGAUUGUGCGUCGCACCUGUAAGAUAAUCGUGCUGGGAGACGCCGGUGUGGGAAAGACGAGCCUCACACACCUGUACUGCACUGGACAGUUCCCCGAAAAAACCGAUUCCACCAUCGGAGUGGACUUCCGAGAGAGAGUGGUGCAUGUCGGGGGAGAGAAGAUCAAGGUGCAGUUGUGGGACACGGCAGGUCAGGAGCGUUUUCGGAAAUGCAUGGUACAACACUACUACCGCAACGUCCACGCGGUCGUCUUUGUCUACGAUGUCACGAACGUGUCUUCGUUCCGCAGUCUGCCCCUCUGGAUGGAGGAGUGUCAGCAGCACUUGAUUAAAUUAGAUGUCCCCCGUGUGCUUGUGGCUAAUAAGACCGACUUGAUGACCAAGACCGCGGCCACAACCAUCGAACAAGCACGGCAUUUAGCUGAGGUCCACUCAAUGCCCUUCUACCUCUAUUCAACUAAAAAUGGUAACAGAGAGCAGGUAGAUGCCAUCUUCAACAAACUGGUACAGCAGAUAUGUAGACAGCGAGGGAAAGAGGCCGAGGCAGACAAGAGUUUUAAACUGACUCCAAAAGAGGAAGAGAAAAAGGAGAAAUGGAGCUGCAACUGCUGAUGGAGGGAUGACGGGUGAAAUGAGGACAUUCUGGCAGUAUUUAAUUCCAGACUUCCCCUGUAUUUCAGGAUUGUUUAUUUUACACAUUGUUGUUGAUUUCUCAAGACUCUGAAGUGUCUAACAUCUGUAAUCAAUCAGAGCAAAGAGAAAUGCACUAGCCCUGGACUAAAAACAAACACACAAAAAACAACAGUCUAGUCAAAACAGACAUUUUUUGCACAAUGAUAUCAGAUAAACAACAAGCAUUUCUAUUUGUAAUGUAGAAAUUAUACCUCUCACCUAGGUUCAAACUUCUAAUAUUUUAUAUAUAUAUAUAUAUAUAUAUGAGUUUGCUGCAGGGUGCAAGAGAUGCGCUUCAGGACUUGGGCAUAUUAUGGGCGAAGAUAUAUAAAGCUUGUAGGACAAAGAAAAGCUUUUAUUGCAUUUAUUGUAUUCAUUCAUCGUUAUUUAAAUGAGCAACAUUGUUAAAACAAACGUUCAUUCUCAAUGAUCAGCCCACACAUCACUUCCUCUUCAGUUGUUGCAUCUUUGUUUAUCCUCUAAUACACAGAAUCUACUGACAUGAUUUUAAACCUGUUUGAAUGACACUGAUGGUUUCUUCUGAUCUCAAAAGUUAUAAAUCUAAAGACUUCAAACUCAGGCUAUUAUAAAUAAUAAUGUUGAUAUUUAUAAUUAAUCAGGUUUACACAAUAGCACUUUUUUUUACAGAUGGGAAUGAUUUAUAAGUGCACAUAAAGAUCAGGAUGGCUCACUUUACUCUCAAGUGAAUUGCAUCGAAUGGCAGUUCUGAUGUUGUCAGUCGUAAAGAUUUGUUUUAGCAUGUGUUGAUCGAAAACCUGCAUCUGAUUGAAAAUUGUGUGAAAAAAAUGUCGGUCAAAAGAUGUGAUCCACAAUAAUCAAAGACGAAAUGACAAAUAUCUGCGUAUAAUGCUGGUGUGGUGAAGAUAUGAUAUCAGUGUCACCGACCUGUUCAACUCAUUUAGUUGUUUUCCUUUAUAUGAUUAGUCACUACCACAGUAUUAAUGGUGUACCAGGUUGUUUCUUACAGUACUUGCUUGCUACUAAUAUACCAGAUUUAUAUCGGGUGUAUAUUUAUAUGCAGAAUGACUGACUAAUUUGUUUUUCAUGAUUGUCACUCAAUCAUAGCCCAAGGAUCUUAACCUCAUCAUUUCAAUUUAAUCCAAUGGCCACUGUCAUUUUAUAUCUUGAAUAAACAGAAAUAAAUCAA